GGGUGGAGGAGGGAGGCAGAGGGAGAGCUGAGGAAAUUUUAAAAGGCAAGACUUGGCAGAGCUCAGUCGUAUCAGCCUCUUUUGUCUGUUUCCCUGCUUGAGCUUCAGAAAGAAAACCGUCCUGGGAUACAGGAAAACUCACAACUUUUUGGUUUUCAAACUUAGAAAGCUUUUGAAGUCUCUUGGGGUGUUCGAGAGUGUUGGUUCUUACUAUGACAUUUAGUCACCAGCAUUCAGGCAGAAAAAAAGAAAAAAAAAAGAAAAAGAAAAAGAAAAAGAAAAAAGAAAAAAAAAAAAGCCUGUUUCAAAGAGGCAUCCUCCCCAGUGUCCAUGCAGUCGGGAAACAAUGUAUUUGAUUUCAUUUUUUUGGAAUAUAUGAUCAUGACCGUGAGAGACAGAAUUACUAGAGAAGAUGGCCAGGAGUGUGUCUAAUUAGAGAGAAUUGUUAACUUUCUACAAAAUAAACUUUCUCACCAAUACAAACUUGAUUUCAAAUCAAACCAGAGAUUCUCGGAGUUAUAUUUGGAGCGGCAGCUUUUAGACUUAAAUAUUUUUUAUUUUGCUUAAUUUCCCCUUCCCCAUUUCUAGAUAUUGAGUUUUCUAGGAGUCUUUCUAAGAUUUUUAUGGCAACCUGGCCAGGGAGUCUGAGUCAAAGUUGUUUCAUCCAUGUGUUUGAGAAAGCGAUCUCUUAAAGCCACAGCUUUGAUUUCUGCAGCUUCAUGCCAUCCCAAACGACACCCCCAGCAAUUAGUGACAAUGCCGAAGACCAGAAAGGCAAGCUGAAGACACCGACUUCACUUGAAGGGCAAACAGGAACUCCAAACACCAUGUCAGUGGCAACAGAACGGUUGAACCUUUCCCAGAGGGAACACAGAUGGCUGUAUUUGGAAUGGGCUGCUUCUGGGGAGCUGAGCGAAAGUUCUGGCUCUUGAAAGGAGUGUAUUCAACCCAAGUGGGCUUUGCAGGAGGAUACACAUGCAAUCCCACCUACAAAGAGGUCUGCUCAGAAAAAACUGGCCACACCGAAGUCGUCCGGGUUGUGUACCGGCCAGAGCACAUCAGCUUUGAGGAACUGCUCAAGGUCUUCUGGGAGAAUCACGACCCGACCCAAGGCAUGCGCCAAGGCAACGACUAUGGCACACAGUACCGGUCAGCAGUCUAUCCCACCUCUGCUGCACAGAUGGAAGCAGCCCUGAGAUCCAAGGAGGAAUACCAGAAGGUUCUUUCAAAGCAUGGCUUUGGCCCCAUCACCACCGACAUCCGAGAGGGACAAGUGUUCUACUAUGCCGAAGACUACCACCAGCAAUACCUGAGCAAGAACCCAGAUGGCUACUGUGGCCUAGGGGGUACUGGGGUUUCCUGUCCGAUGGCCAUUAAGAAAUAAUUUCUCUCCACAAAGCUGGUUCCAUCAACACCAUGAUUGCUGGAUGGAGCGGCACCGCUGUGAUUCACAUCUGUCACUUUAUUGGAAGCACAUGCCACACGGGCGUUUACAUGAAUCUGGUUGUUAUUGGGGUUUGAUUUCCAGAGAGUAGGAUGACAAGGUGAUACAUUGUAAUCUGCCUUCUGAUCAGUCCGGGUGGGGACAGAACAUGACAUUUUAGUGCAUUUAGUGCAUUUAGUUUGGGAUCUAAAUGGAGAUAAUGAAUAUCCUGUGUCCAUCUGCUUGGGCCAAAGGGAUGCUGAGGGUUCUGAAACAGGGGGAUGGCCAGGAGAGCACAGGGUAUUGGGACCCCUUGGUCUGUACUGACAUACCUCACCCACUUCCCUGCCCUCAGGUGCCUAAUUCAUUAGUGUCUACAGACCCCGUGAAUCACUUGCCAAACGCUUUGCCCUGCUGACUCUAGACGCAUAUUAGGGGUUUCUCUCCCCCUCCAUCCUCUCUGUGCACAGAAAAGACAUGAGUGACCUUAAUGAAUUCUAACAUUCUGCUUACAGCUAUGAUAAAGCUUGUUCUAAUAAAAAUCUACAGUUUGGUAAUAGCAA